AUGGAAAUAUUAAACCCAAUUGCUAAAAAACAUAAAAAUGUUUUAAUCAACUCUUUUGGUAUAAUGUGGAUAUAUAGAACAAAUAAACAUGAUCAUCAUCAUUCAAUAAAAAAUAUUGAUCAAUGUCAAUGCACUUUUGUUUAUUCUUCCCAACAACUUUAUGCAGCUAAAUUACUUUUAAAAUUAAAAACCCUUAGUUUUAAUUCAAUAAUUUGUUCAAUAAGUGAAACUUUGAAGGAUUGUGUAAAUAAAACAAGUGGAAAAACGACUUCGUUCUACUCAUUGGAAGUAUCUCUAUUAGAACUUCUACAUGAGUGUGUUAGACAAGUUACUACAACAGAAUUGAGGGAAUCUUGGAAUUCUUUACAAACUUUGUUUAAUGAAUCUACACUUUCUAUAAUGCCUGCAAGAGCUUCAUUUUUACAAUUUAUGAUUCUCGUUGAAUUUGUUCGCCGUGUUGGUCAAACAAUUUUUGAAGAUCGCCAUAUUAGCAAAACAAUUUUAGAUGUUUGUCAAAGAUUAACAGAAGCAGUAAAUUCAAUUGUUGGUUGGCAAUUAGAGUCUACAACAUGGUUAAAAAGAACUUUGGUUGUUAGACAGGAUGCAGCUAGUCAAAAAUCAAUUCCCGAUCUCAGCCCUGUUUUAGACCAAAAAGCCUUGUCCUCUGUCUCCACAACCUUAGCCUUAAGUGCCUCAACACUUCCAUCUGAAGCUAGUUCUAUGAGAGGGUCAACAAUCUCUUUAAGCGGUCAAAGCGGAAUUCCUUCAUCAAACAGAAUUCCUUCAUCAUUAGAUAUUCAAUCAACAUUUAGUGGAACUACAAUUGAGGGAGGUGGAGGAAAGAAGCAAACAUCGUCUAGUCUACGUUCAAGCAUUAAAGAUCAUAGUGGAAUUAAUAAAAAGGAUCCGAGUGAUUCAACACAAGCAAUAUUUUUAUUGGCGGAGAAUUUGACAGAAUUAAUUGAUUCAAUUACCCGUAAUGAAGACAAAGACAAAUUACUUCCAACACUUCAAGCAGUUUGGAACAAUACCCUUCCAUACUUAAAAUCUAAAAGCGCUAAAAAUGUACGUUCAUUUUUGGCUAGUUCACAGCUGCUAGCUUCAAUGAGUUCAUUUAACUAUAUGCGCCCAAUAUGGAAGAAAAAUGCAAUGGAAUUACUUUGGGAUAAUUCUUUUUUCAAAAUGGACAUUCAUGCGCUCAAAUCUUGGUUAAUUGUAAUUGACAAUUUGAUGACCAACGACAAGACAUCAUUUAAAGAGUUGCUUGCUCGAAUCACAACAUCAACUUCAACAACAUUUUCAACACUUAUAACUAGUAAAGAACAGGAAUAUGAAAUGCGAGCUCAAUACCUUAAGCGUUUAGCAUUUGUUAUUCUAAGUUCUACGCGUGAUCAAUAUUCUGGACAAUUAAAUGAAAUACAUGAACGCUUAACAGAAAAUCUCCGUUUGUGCCAAGCACCUGUAAUCCAUUCACAAGUUUUUACAUGUUAUAGAGUAUUACUUGUUAGGAUGAGCCCGCAUUCUUUUGUUUCUGUAUGGCCAUCAAUGAUUACUGAAAUGGUACAAAUUCUAGCCCAAAUUGAACAACAUUUGCUUACUUCUCCAAGUAACUUGGCAGCUUUUGAUGAACAACAGCGCUCAUCAAGGGAUGAUCAAUUAUUACAAUUAUUUUUGGCUGGGUGUAAAUUAUUGGAAACUUUGUGUAUUCUUCCAUCUGGUUAUGUACCUCAAUUUCAAAUGUGUAAAUGGACAUUUGUUUCACCAAUUGGUAGUGGCAAUAAAAGAAUAAAAAAUACUAUUUAUCCACCAACUUCAACAAAUUCUAAUGAUUUAUUUGUUCCAUAUUCUGUUAGACUUAACCAAUUAUUAAAUGCUAAAUAUGGAGAAUUGUCACAAGAAGACUUGGAAAUUCGCUCAAUUUCUUUAUUUAAUGUAAAAACGCUCACUUCUCUAAACGAGUUACGACCAUUCUUUCAUGCUUUGGCUCAACAAAAUAUUGAAUAUAGGCAUGAUGGAAUAAUAAAUGAUAAGGAUAUUUUACAUAAUGGUGGACAACAAUUAUCAUCGUUUGAAAAUUCUUCAUCUUCACAUAUUGGAGAAGACUUGACUGGUUCUCUUCCUCUCCGAGUGGCUAUUGCAAGGAUUGAACAAUCUUUAUGCGUUGAUUUUGCCGAACAUUGGCAACUUUGA